CGUCCAUUGGAAUUUCCCUUACGGAUUCCCUUACUCUCCACACUUUGGGAAGGCUCGACCAAGGACACACACAAUGUCCAAAGCACAGUCGCCGCCGACCGAAACUUUCACUUUUACGAGCCUCUAGCUAGCAGCCGUCGACGUCGUGGACCACAGGCUACCGUGCUAUCACCCCGCGCUACAAGCGAUGUAUCAACAGACAGACCACGGUGUGGCAGCCAAGCGUUUUGUGCCCUCUGGUCCGAAUCUCGCGCAUACUCAACCGUCGUCGCCAUGUCCACCACUUCCGCGCCCCGAGGUCCCAGUGAUGGAUGAACUGACAUUCUGGAGCCAGAUAUUCACAGGAGCCAUGGAGUCCCUCAAGACUCAGCAUCCGGUUGAGCCGAAGGACCGGUUCGAAUCUGGGUUUAGCAUCCGUCAGCUUGAAUCGUGGGGCGAGAUCAAUGCCAAGAUCAACCAGGCACAAGAUAGGUUCAAUGACACCACUGGGGUUUUAGGCGUGAUCAAAAAGGCCACAAGAAAGGUGGCAGACAACGCGUUUUACGCGCAGGGGGCGGUAGCAUUUGUCCCAGAGUUCGAUUACUCGUCCCCUGUUCUGGCACUGGUCAAGGUCCUGCUGAAGGUAGCAAAAACCACAAGCACGUUGCGGCACAAGCUAGCUCAGAGCCUGGAGGACUUGGAGCAGAGCCUCGGAGACGUCGAAACCUACCUUAACAUGUUCCUCGGCGAUGUGAAUAUCUUCAAGGCAUCCGUGCAUCUGGUCGCAGCGACCUUUCACGGCGUGGAGAAUCUGAUUGGUUACUACAUCCGAAGUCAAGUCUCCCGCGGAGCGUCGGCUGCCGUGUCUGGCGACGAGUAUCAGAGAGAUCUUGUCGUCAGCCUGGAACAGAUCAAGGCCAGCAGCCAGCAGCUUAUCCACCAAGCACGCAACUCACAUAUGCACAUGGACAAACAAACACACGAUGUAGUGCACCAAGAGUUUGCGAAGCAGAGCGCGACGGCAUAUGCCUACCAUCGGGAGAGCGUACAAAGCACCGAGAAGAUCGCGGCCGAGUGUACAAAUUUUCUCGUGGAGCUUUUGGGCCAGUACAAUGCCAAGAUCAACUCUCGCAUAGACAUGCUUGGCAUCCAGAUACAAGAGCAGAUUCGAGCGGCCAGCCCCGCCAUUAUAGUCCAUCCUCCACAGCGCAUGGCGUACGAAAGGGAUGAUAUAAUCAUGCGCCAUCCCCCACUCCCCGAUGGCGUGGAGAAGAAUGACAUGGAGUACGUCCUCAGCAUCCAGCACCGGCUGCCGAAGACGGACUGCCAGCGCGCCGGCCAGCUGGUGGCGCAGUUUCUCUUCCAGAUGUGGAUGACGCACCCGUCCUCAGCUGAGCUGCUGGUGCACGGAGACCUCCAGGUCCAGGGUCAACAGCUGCACGUGUCUGGAGUCACGCUUUUUUGCGCCAAUUUUGUCCAGACCAUCGCGGCGCUGCCCCCGGCCGCGAACUUGUCGGCGGUCUUUUUUUUCUGCGGCCGUCACUCGUCCCCCAGCGAGCCUACAGCUGGCGGCCUUGGCAUGCUCCGAUGCCUCGUCGCACAGGUCUUCGGCAUCCUGGCGCAGCGACGCGGGCCGGGCAUCCCCAUAGACUUUGACAGCACCCUUGACCCCGACCAAAUGAUGUCUGGGGACAUCGCUCAACUAGGCCAACUUUUCCUACGUCUCGUUAGCCUCCUCGGGGGCAGUGGCGGCGGCGGCGGCGGCGGCGCAGCGCCCUUCACGACACUGUUUUGCGUCAUAGAUGGGAUCAUGUACUACGAGAGGGACCAAUUUCGGGCUGAGACUGAGCAGGUCUUGGAACUUUUGCUUUGCAUGGCACGGAUGGAUCCCUUGCAGUCGCUAGGAGGCUGCAUCUUCAAGCUGCUCAUCACGAGCCCCGCGCCGACGCGGGCGGUCCGGUCCAUGUUUCCGCCUGAACAUAUCCUGACCAUGUCGCACAACGCCAUCCCAGCUACGGGGCAGAACUUUAGCAACCAGGUACUCGCGAGGCGGUUUGGAGACAUCGGGGUGUCAACUCGUCCAUAAAUCGACGUGGGGAUCACUUUUCAAUAUAGCGGAAAAUGGUCAAUUCUCUCGCCUAGCGGUCCGGAUCAUCUCCGUCCCCUUUACAAACACCAGCAGCCCAUUCCUUCCCAAACCAAAACCUUUCUCUUCCUCCAGUCCCCUAAAUCAACUUCUUCUUAAUUUUCCUUUGCUACGAGUAGUGCUCCGCUACGCUAUUCGCAAAUACCCGCAGCGCCGUAACAUUACUCGCACCCGCCCCCUACUCCCUACCUCGAUGAUUUCCCGUUCCCCCCAGGCUCAGGGCGCAAACCCUCACCUCUGCUUUUUCGCGUCAUUCCCGCCCUUCCUCUUCGGAUUGUUCCUGUAGAACAGUAUAUAAACCAUAUCCCUGACCCAGCCGGUCCACCCCCUGAUGCGCUCGAUGGUGUUGAGCAGGCGCGUGUACCGCCACACAAACGCCUCGACACUGUCGUAGUCGUGCGCGUAGCACUCCCACACUGCCUGCCCUCCUCCCGCUCCUCCUCCUCCGUUCUGCCUAAUAUACCCGCCCCGCCGCCCGUCCGCUUCGUCGCCGUCGCCGUCGCCGUCCACGUACUCGACGGCCUCGCCGCCGUCCAGCAC